AAGCGGAUCCUAUUGACUCAUCUAUUCCCUUUAUAAAUUAAGUUCCUCAAAUACAUCUCACCAUCAGUUUUUUACUUCAUUUUUCAUCAUAAAAAAGAUGACCAAAUUCCACUCUUUUUCCUUCAAUUUCUUCACCAUUUUUAUCAUUCUUCUGUUUGCAUCAGCUGCAGCCUCUUCAAAGUGUUCAUGUGAAUCGCAAGAUCAUCAUCAAGAGCAAGACCAUAUUGAUUCUCAAGCUCUCAAAUACAAACUCAUUGCCAUAGCUUCGAUUCUCGUAGCAAGUUCACUAGGAAUUUGCCUCCCACUUUUGGUCAAAAACAUCUCAUAUUUAUCUCCAGAAAAAGACUUCUUCUUCCUCGUUAAGGCCUUCGCCGCGGGCGUGAUCCUCGCAACCGGGUUCAUUCACAUUCUUCCUGAUGCUUUUGAGAGCUUAGAAAGUCCUUGCCUUCCUGAAAAUCCAUGGCACAAGUUUCCUUUCUCCGGCUUUGUGGCGAUGAUGGCGGCUGUAGGAACCUUGAUGAUGGAGGCCUAUGCCACUGGGUUCCAUAAGAGGUUAGAGCUCAGAAAAGCUCAGCCUGUCGAUGGCGAUGAAGAAAGUGAUGAUCAUCAUCACCACCAUGAAGCUCAUGGCGGCCAUGUUCAUGGCUCUGGUUUGGUAAUGGAAGCACCCAAUUCUUCUGAGCUUAUUCGGCACCGUGUUAUUUCUCAGGUUUUAGAAUUGGGAAUUGUGGUUCAUUCAGUAAUUAUUGGAAUAUCUUUAGGAGCUUCAGAAAGAGUGAAUACAAUCAAACCACUAGUAGUAGCGUUGAGUUUUCAUCAGUUUUUUGAAGGAAUGGGUCUUGGAGGAUGCAUAUCUCAGGCAAAAUUCAAGUCUAGGGCCAUUGCGAUAAUGGUGCUAUUCUUCUCCCUGACGACCCCAAUUGGAAUUGCAGUUGGAAUUGGGAUAUCAAGCAUUUACAAUGAACACAGUCCAACUGCUCUAAUUGUUCAAGGUCUUCUCAAUUCAGCAUCAGCUGGCAUCUUAAUUUACAUGGCACUUGUUGAUCUUCUUGCAGCUGAUUUUAUGAAGACCAAAAUGUUAAGCAAUACUAGGCUCCAACUUGGAGCUAAUUUUUCUCUUAUUCUUGGAGCAUGUUGCAUGUCACUCUUAGCCAAAUGGGAUGACCACUAAUUAAUUUUAGUCUUGAUUGACAGUUAAGAUUCAAUAAUGUGUGUCAAUCCAGCAGUUAUACCACGUUAGUUUGUACACAAAAAUUUGUUAUAUA